AUUCAAGUCAUCAUGUCUCCAACACAACCAACAAAUGAACUCACUAAGGUAGAUCCGAUGUCCAAACCAGCCAGACUUCAAGUGGAUCCCGCAACCAUUCCUGAUUCAGACAAACCACCCCAGCUGGGAACCACAUUCAACAUCUGGUUUCUCAAGUGGUCAGGAGGAGACUCAAGCACACGGUCUUUCACCCAACUGAAAUUCAAAGUUAACAUCAAACGAGACUCGGGAUAUACCAAAGCACAAACUAGAUCACCCAUCUGUCUCUUCUUUGCCCGUGGCUGUUGUUAUCGUGGCAAAUCGUGUCCAUAUUUCCAUCGAUUGCCGUUACCUACUGAUUAUACUCCUACUACCCAAGACUGCUUCGGUCGUGACAAAACAGCCGAAUAUCGAGACGAUAUGGAUGGAGUAGGAUCUUUCAAUAAAGUAAAUCGUACGUUGUAUGUAGGUGGAUUGUACAUCAAGCCAGGAAUCGAAGAAGUGAUUACGAAAUUCUUUCUGGAAUUUGGUGACAUUGAAAAGAUUAAAGUGAUACAUAAUAAAUCGUGUGCUUUUAUAACUAUGAGAUAUGAGAGUUCAGCACAGUUCGCUAAGGAGGCAAUGCAAAACCAAUCAUUGGGUGGCCAGGAAGUGUUGUAUGUACGAUGGGCCAAUGAAGACCCAAACCCAGAAGCACAAAGACACGAGAAGAGGAGGUUAGAAGAAUUAGCCCUCGAAACUGUUAGGAAUUUGUUAAAUUCGACAACAGAUCAAGAUAGCAACCCAACCAAAAGAACUAAAACUGUCACAGUGGAAGAACCACAAGAAGAAGUAGUCGGAGUUGAACCAUCAAUAAAAACAAUUGAGGCUCUGGAAGUACCUUCCAAUGAACUGAAACCGAUAUUGAGCAACUCCACUUUAAAAAAAGUGGCGAAAAUUCGCAAUACUCUAACAGUACAUAAAGAGAUAAAGUCCACAAACGAGAACUUAUCAACUGUGUUAGGAGGUUACUCAAGUGACGAAGAUGAUGAGGAAGAACAAGAUGGUGACAAAUAAAGAGGUAGUGCCCGCAAUUCAAAAACUACUGUGCGGCUUAAAUUUGGGGUAGUUACUGAGAUAACAUGAUUUUUCAGUCGAAGUCAUCCCCCUUUUACUUAUUAUAAAUACUUGCAUUAUUAGAUUAUGUACUAGAAUAAAUACUGCCAUGACUAUCGUAAGAGAAGUUAAACCCUCAGAUGAUGCCAAACCAUCUAAUGUAGUGUCGUAUUAUACUCCAGAACAACCAAUUCCAGCAGGAACAUUCAUCCCUCCCGAGGAUAACCCUAACCAACAACCACCAGGUCUAUUCAAGCCAAUUCAGAUAGGCAACAUGACAAUUCAGAAUAGAGUAGGUGUAUCACCAAUGUGUAUAUUUUCCGCUGAUUCUCAAUUCGAAGCUACUCCAUUUCACUUGGUCCAUUAUGGAUCAAUUGCGGUUCGAGGACCAGGAAUCGUAAUUGUGGAAAGUACAGCUGUGUCUCCCGAAGGAGGACUUUCCCCUCAUGAUUUGGGAUUAUGGAACGAUAACCAGGCCGAGAAGUUACGACCAAUCGUAGAUUUCAUUCAUUCCCAAUCCCAGAAAUGUGCCAUUCAGUUGUGUCAUGCGGGGAGAAAGGCAAGUGGACAACCAUUAUUCUUGCAUCUAGAGCAAUUGGCCGACGAGUCAGUAGGUGGUUGGCCAGAGAGUGUUGUAGGUCCAUCGCCCAUUGAAUUCAGACCAAAUGGUAAUUUAGUCAGACCUCGUGAAUUAACCACCAGUGAAAUAAAGCGAAUUGUUCAAGAUUUUGGGAAAGCAGCUAAAAGAGCAGUUGAUAUUGGGUUUGAUGCUGUAGAAAUUCAUGGUGCUCAUGGGUAUCUAAUAAAUCAAUUUUGCAGUGAGCUUCUGAAUCAGCGUACUGAUGAAUAUGGGGGAAGUUUUGAAAAUCGAAUUCGAUUUGCCCUUGAAGUGAUAGACGAAGUCAAGAAACUGAUUAACAAUGAGUCCAUUCCAAUCUUUUUGAGUGUUUGUGCUUCAGAUAAUAGUUUAGAUAAAAAGGGGUGGGUAGUGGAAGACACAAUGAAGUUGGUAGAUCAUGUUAUUGGACAUGGGGUUCAGUUGUUGGAUAUUUCCUCUGGAGGUAAUUGCUACAAUCUGAUAUCUCGCUCUCGAUUGAACGACGACCAUACAUUACCUCCCCAUGUUGAAAUUGCAAGGAAAGUUAAAAGGCACGUUGGAAAUAAAGCUGUUGUAGCUUGUGUGGGUAAACUAGAAAGGGAUCCAGUAUUCACCAAUAAAUGCAUAGAGGAUGGCGAUUUUGAUCUUGCACUCAUUGGAACACCAUUCUUAAAAAAUCCAGGAACUGUUUGGAACAUAGCUGAUCAGUUGGGUGUCAGAUGGAUGCGGUACCGAUUUUCCCUUAGUUGA